AUGGUCACAGAUCGAAUGUCGUUCGACGACGACGGCGAUGUUGUGUUCCAAGUCAAUUGUCCAGACAAACUCGUCAUUCUUCUGACAGUCUGUUCUCGGUCCCUGAGGAGAGUGUCGUCAGUAUUCCGACAAAUACUGUCCACAGAAACAGAGGGAGUCAAGAGUAGAGAGACAACAGCUGCCAAACGGAUUAUCAAUCUCACAGCUGAUAAACCUGAGGCACUCAUCACAUGCAUGAAUAUUAUACAUGGGCACAUGGACAAGAUACCCAAGAUUCUGUCCGUCGAUUCCCUAUACGAGCUCACAGUCCUGGCUGAUUCUUACCAUGUCUCGCAUCUUUUGGCCCCCUGGAUUCAUACAUGGAUGGCGGGAAUUGAGGACAUCCUCAGAGACGCCAAAUCGUUGCAGCCAAAGGCGCUGUGGAUUACUUGGGAAUUGGAUCAAAAGGAAAUGCUUGAGGUAACGGUCUCUCGGAUGCUGGUCGAGUCCAGCGCUACCGACUUCAGUGAAGGUGCUGCCAUUCACAAGAUGCAGAUGCCACCCUACAUAAUUAAAUACCUAAUGACGGGCCGCAAAAGAACGAUUGAUUCAUUGCUGAAUCCGAUCCGCAAGAUACUCAACCGCAUGCUUUCCCCAGAUGAGGACCAUCGAUGGUGUCGUCAUGCAACUUAUAUGGCUCCUCGCCUGUGUGAAUCAAUGGUGCUCGGGUCCCUCGCCUUUUCACUUGCACGAGUCUCGCUAUGGCCAUUACCCGAGACAGGGAAAAUAGAAUCAAGUGUUAUCGACCUGUACGGGAAGCUCGUAGGACUAUGCAUCGAGGAUAUUGGAAGAGUAAAGGGUGAAGUGAUGGUCAAGGUUAACGGUAAAAACUAUAGAUCCCAGCAAACGGCGGGGUUGGCGAUUAAUGUAAAAGGUAGAAGUGUCAAGCUGAGCAAGGACUUGGUUUCGUUGACACCAGACCAAGGUUUCAUUCUUACCACGAACGAUUCCAUCGUUGCCGAUCCUCGGCAGCAGGUCUACACCCCAACCGCGCAGGCUGGUCACCGUCUGCCACAUGUCUGGUUGGAGCGUGGCGGUAAAUUACUGUCCACCCACGAUCUGGCUGGUCCCGAUGGUUCCAUGCUUCUCAUCAUUGACGGAGAGGAGCCGAGCUGGGCUCAGGGGGCGCAAGAGGCAGCCAAAUCUAGAUCUAUAACCUUACAGAUAGCUCGGAUUGUUAAACCGCUCCACAGAAAGCGAGGCGAAGAGUUUUGUGAUAUAAACCUGUGGUGGGCGCAGGCUCGAGGUGCCAUAACAAGUGGCGGGCCUUCUGAGACGUGUAGUGGGGUAUCAUUGGAACACAUAGGUAGUGAGGCUCAGGCCGUGGGAUUUCGAGAGCUUGAAGCAUCAAUCUUGGACAGAAUCUUAGUUGCGGGUGAGGAGAACAGGAGGAAGUUGAAGCCAGAACGCAUCGCGGACCAUUCGUCGAUGUCUCGGUCGUGGCUGGAGCCGAACCCACUAAUAAAGAGAAGGGGGGAAAAAAAGAUGGAAAAGCGGAUUCAACGAGAACCCCGUUCAGGUUUCGGGACCGAAGAUCCUUCCGCGAGUGGGCUGUGCUGA